AUGCCCGAAGGAUUCAAACCGGACUUGUCCAAGGCUGUAGGCCACCGAUACCCUGAUGAUUUUGUGGCAUGCACUCGUCGCGAUUACUUGUUGUAUGCAUUGUCGAUUGGUGUUCCUGAAACUGAGUUGCGAUGGCUCUAUGAGAAUGAACAAGAUUUUGGUCCUUUGCCAACGUAUCCGCUAUGCUUGUUGAUCAAGGGCGAUCACUGGGAUGUCGUCGACUUUGCCGAACGCUGGCAUGCAGGUGGUCCAUUGCCAGGCAUGCCCGAGUGGGACAUUAACAAGAUGGUGCAUGGCGAACAGAGCAUCGAAGUCAUCAACCCAUUCCCUGUUGAAGGUGGCCGUUUUAGAGCAGUCAAGACUUGCCGUGGUGUGUAUGACAAAGGCUCAGGCAUGGUCAUGGAUUCAGUGCUGGAUCUCUAUGGCGAAAAGGAUGGUGUACAUUAUUGCAGCAUGGGAAGCCAAAUGUUUGUUCGUGGAUAUGGUGGAUGGAAUGGACCCAAAGGACCAAAGACCAUCAAGUAUACACCUCCUAAUCGACCCGCCGAUGUUGUGGAUAAGUUCGACACUGCUCGUAAUCAAGCAUUGCUCUUCCGUCUUUCUGGUGACUUUAAUCCUUUGCAUGCGGAUGUCAACUUGGCACCCAUGGUAGGCUUUGAAAGACCCAUCCUUCAUGGCCUUUGUACCUAUGGCAAGGCUGCCCAUUCGGUCCUGAGAGCUUUUGGUGAUAAUGAUCGCUUACGUUUCAAGUCUUUCAAGGCACGCUUUGCUAAGCCUGUGCUCCCUGGUGAAACCGUUGAGAUUCAUAUGUGGAAGGUGGAAGGCCCUGAACCAAAGACCGAUGGUGUUAUUUUCGUCGCCAAGGUUGGUGAUCGCAUCGUUCUCAGCAAUGGCUAUGCCGUCUUGCACAAGGAAACACCCGAAUCCAAAUUGUAA